CCAAAUUAACCCAACGGAUCAUGCUCUGUGCUCUCUGCAGAUCUGUGAUCAGUUGGAGGUUAACUGGUAGCUUUUAUAGAGCAGCAGCCACAAUGGCAGAGGCUCUUGCAAAAAUUCCCGACGUUGAGAUUGAUCACGAAGGGACCUUUAAAUACAUACUGCUUAGAGUGAAAGUAAAAGAUGGCGAUGCGCAGAAAAACGUAGUGCGAGGCACUAAGAGUGCAGAGUACCACAAUCACAUAUUUGAGAAGGUCAAUCCAGCUCUGGAGGCCUUAGGAAUGGAGUGCAAAUGCCUUGGAGGAGGGAAGAUAGAGCACGACAACAAAAACAAGAAGAUCAGGGUGUUUGGAGAAUCAACUGCAUUUGGGAAAGCAGACCACUCUGUGUCUGUGGAGAAGCUGAAAACUGUCUUCGGUGACUACGAGGUCACUUGGUCUGAUGACAAAAAAUAACUCCUCUUCUCCUGUAGAGAUGGCUACCUUCAUCUAUGACUCCAAACCAUGUGUUCCGUUAUCAUCCAAUUUAAAUUCAGCAUUAAACUCGCAGCGAAAGCCCAUACUUAUACAAAGCACUCUUAAUUUCUGUUAAAUUAAACAUUUCUUUCAACUCAUGUUUUUUGAUCUUAUAUUAUGUUCCGUCUUUGUCUUGGCAUCACUUCAUAUGAGUUGGAGUUUGUUUGCCAAGGGUAAAGUCCAUACAGGAAGGUAUGAGCAAGCUGCAAUCACUGCCACAUCCUGUUACGCUGAGGGAAAGUUUGCUUGACGGGCUAGAGGCAGAUAAUGAGUUUUUCUUUCAAUUUUGUUUGCAACCUUUCAUGUCUGGGAGAUGCUGA